GUGGAGUGUCCUCGUUUUCCCCUUUUCCAUCCUGCCGAUUUCGCCCUCCUCCUCCCCCCCAUCGUGCCCCCCCUUGAUGCCGUCGUUUUGUCGCCCGUGGUGAUAGAGCUGGCUUUCCCUCAACGCGCCGCGUGUUAUUUUCUUAUUUGCAAUCCGCUCUCUUUUCUGUACAUAUUGCUUUCUGACGACGACCGCCGCGACAAAGUCCUUUUGACUUGUCGUCAGCACUUUUUCGCCUUGUUCUUUUCCCGAUAAAUUCUUUUCCUUUUCUCAUAUUACAUACUUGCUGUUCCUCUUUGCUAUUUAAUUGUAAAGUUAUCUUGGCGAGCUGAUAUGCAACCUGUAAACAUGUACAAGUCUGCCAACCCGAACCUUAACAACAACACGGUUUACAGCCCAAUGUACACCCACCAGCUCCGACCAAGAGCUGUCUCGUGUCCCACUCGUAUGCAAGUCCCUUCGUCGCAACCGGACACCAAUACGGUGCAUAUCGCAUACCGCCCAGGGAUGACUGAUCGAGGAGAGCUCUAUCUGUACUUUCGGAACUACCUAGGAUUUGAGCUCUUUGCAUUCUACGAUCACUACUGUUUUGUCCGCUUCGUUGACCCAGAGUCUGCCCGGCGGGCAUUGUCCAUCCCAGCCCCUCAAGGUGUCAUCACACUCGAGCCUGCACAGAAAAACUACAAAGUUCCAUACCCGCAACCAGAAGAAGAGAGCUCCCGCUGUAAGGUCAUCCAUGUCACUCAUUUGCCUACAAAUUAUUCAAAGGAAGAGAUGUGCAAAGUGUUCCGUUCUUUCCCUGGCUUCUUGAAAGUUGAGUUUCACGGGAAAUACGGUUACGUAUUCUUUGAGACUGAUCAAGCAGCCUCAAAGUGCUGGAGACGACUCCGCCAAGAGACAAACCUCGUAGUGAGCUACGCUAAAAAUGCUAAACUAGAUGAUGAAGACCUCCUUACUGUUGAACGAGAGAAGUUGAUGAUGAACAACCUAAACAAUCUUCAGCCGUUUUAUCAAGCCGGGCCAAAGCUGUACCCGCCGGCGCCCAUCCCCCGGUUCGUGCAAAAGGCACAUGAAGAGUACAGUUUCCUAAACCGUGAGAGCAUUGAACAACUAGACGCUGAUAUUAGAAACGAUUUUGAGAUGUUAUUGGCCGAGUCGCAAGCUCGCCUUUGGCCACGCCCAUUCGAUCUUGCGCCUGGAGUGCCCAAACCGCCACCGGUGCGCGCUGCCACACAAGAAGAGGACGAGAACACUUGGGUCAAUGAAUCCUCAUUUGAGGAAGAAGUCUCCUUUCUCAGCGAUGGGUCUCCUGCUGAUGGACACAUCACUCCUGGCAGUCGGACACUCGUAAACAGUCCUUCGGCGGGAAGCAGCCCGGAGACUCCCCAAAUACCCUCCAAUAAUCUUUUGCAGGCUUCGUGGGCGCUUUUGAAGGGCACAUCGUUACAUCCAGGAAGGGUCGAAAGUAGUCAUCUCAAGAUGCUGUCCUACUCUGGCCUGCGACCUGGUUCUGGCCUCCAUCCCAAUGAGAGGCAAGGUUUCACAUGGGGCAAAGUGGGUGAAGAGACAAGGUCAAAGCACGUGGCUACCGUCGGUCCGAGCCUAAACUGGAACCCUUUGCACCAAUUGUCGGUGCCAGACAACCAUCGUCGCCUUCCUGAUCACGUUCUGGUGGGUAUGAAUCGGCCGCGGGCCGCCUCGUUUUCAGCAUAUCACCCUGCGCACUCUCUCAUGAUGAACGGAUACCAUGACGGUCACCGCGGGCCAGUGCAUCGACGUACUUGUCAACGACAGAUACCCUAGCUUAAUCGUUGACUAGCAAACAAUGCCAGUAGGCGGGUAGGCAAAACAAAUUAUUUAUCUGAUGAGAAUUGGGUGCUUUGCGGAUGGAUGAUAUUCUCUUUUAUGACUUUGUGUCUGGAUUUUUAUAGCGUACGAAUUGCGUUAAAUGUAGCAUUAAGGGACUCUGGUGUUAUCUAUAUAAAGGACAAUGAUUAUUUGUUUCGGAUAUUUGCAAAUUGUGUUGGUUUGUUACAUUAUAUACAAGGAUGCUGCUAUUAUUUGU